ACGAAAAAUGUGUAAUUUGGUGUUGAAUUUGACAUCGUUCAAUACAUUGAACAUCAACCAAAAUAAAUCAAUUCAAAAUUAUAAAAAUGUAAAUACGAUUUUUCAAAAACAACAUUCACAAGGCAAAAACGCGAAUAAUUAUGAGCAUAAGAACAAACUCAAGCAUCGUGAACACGUUAACCGCCAGUCUAUUGUCUCAAUGCGACCUGAUCUAUCAGAUGGCAAAAACUCAGCAAACAAGUAACUUUGUUAUUUCGCCAAUUGCGCUGCGCUCACUGCUGGCGAUCCUAAGUAUCGCUUCUAUAAAGAAGUCCCACAAAGAGUUGCUUGCAAUGAUGGGCUUCCAAAACUCUUACCAUGGCAUACAGGAGUACAAAGCCUGCCGAAAUGCGAGCAAAGAUGAAUUUGUCUUCACAGUUCACAAUGCAUUCUAUGUGGCCGCACACUUGGAUUUGUCUAUGUCAUUCAAAACUAUUUGUCUGGACAAUUUCCAAACACGGAUAGAAAACAUGGACUUUCAUAACCGUGAAGAGGCAAAAAAUCGAGUUAAUAACUGGAUUGCCGAGCAAACGGAAGGUCACAUCGCAACACGCCUCACAGCCAACGCCCUAACUGAUACCGAGGAUAGUUUGCUAAUAAAUAUUGCCAGAUUUGAGAGUAAAUGGAAAAAGUCGUUUCCGAAGAAAUUGUUAACCAAAGAAGAUUUCUGGAUAACUCCGAAGGAAAACGUUAAAGUGACCAUGAUGCAUGACUUUUGCGAAAUACCAAUUGGCCAAUUGAACAAUUUAAAGGCUACAGCUAUGCUGGUACCUUAUCGGAAUGUAAGUGUAAGUUUGUUUAUUCUUUUUCCAAAUGAGAUCGAUGGGUUGGCGCGACUGGAGGACGAACUGCAACGGCAACGAGUUGAUAUAACCUCAGUGGCGAUGACAUUAAAACCGAAAUGUAUAAAACUAGGUUUGCCGAAGUUUAAACUGGAGUGUGACAUUGAUAUGCAGCCGGUGUUGAAGGAUCUGGGUGUAAAAGCAAUAUUCAGCGAAAAUAUGGACUUUGUGCGCCUCUUAAGCUCACUUGGCGUAAUGAAGAUUUCACAGCUAAGGCAAAUUGCCGCUGUAGAAAUCAACGACGAUGGCACAAACGAAUCGUCGACAAAAGUCUCAUUCUUACUAUCCGAAGGUGAAAACUGUAGCUUACUAGAAAUCAAUCAUCCUUUCUUCUUCGCUAUUAUGGAUGAAGAGCGCAUUUACUAUGGCGGACAUAUUACGAAUACAAGCAACUUUCUUGAGUGAUGUACUAUACUACUAUACUCGUAUUGCAACGUCUACAAUGUGGCAAUGUAUGUAAAUUGAAAUGAAGUGAACAUAAAAGUUUGGCGAAGUCCUGUUCUUUGAACUCUGUACAUCUAUACAGCUAUAAAAAAAUCGUUUGUCGAACCGAAA